AUGGCCGGGCUUGCGAUAGUGGUGGCCGCCGCCUUGGCGCUGUGCCUGCUGCUGGCGCCCCCCGGCCUCGCGUGGUACAAGCAGGCGGCGGGGCCGGCCUACUACUCCGUGGGUUGCGCCGCGGGGCUGUUGUCCGGCUUCCGCAGGUCGCCGUACGCGCGGCGCUCCGAGCCCCCCCGUGGGCACGACCCCCGGGACGGGCUGGCGCCUUUCCCGGAGCUGCGCCCCAGCCUGCGGAGCCUUGCCGUGUGCGUCGAGGACGUUACCCGGAACCUGCAGAGCUGCGAGCGGCUCCCCGACGGCCGAGCCAUGUUCCAGUGCAAGGCCGACGUCUUCCUGUCACUCCGCGCCGCGGACUAUCUUAGCACGUGA